UUACUUAUCAUAUUCAAAAAAUAUUCGCAUUAUUAAUUUUAUAUCUAAUAGAACAGAAAUGUCUUGCAGUUCGGCACGUCUCCACCAAAAUGGCUUUGUGGACAAAUUAGAAAGCAAUCCUACUAUUGUAUGGAAUCAAAAAGUACCAAACACAGAAUUAGAAAAAUUCAAAGAAAUAGUUGAAAAGAAAUAUGGGCAACACUUUGAUUCCUACUGGGAUUUGCAUAAAUGGUCAGUGAAAAACUAUACAGAUUUCUGGAAAGAAAUAUGGCACUUUUUUGACGUCAUUGCUUCGAAACCUUAUGAUGAAGUAUUGGUAAAAACAGGAAGUGGAUUUUUGGACAAUGAAUGGUUCAGUGGAGCAAGGCUGAAUUUUGCCGAAAAUCUUCUUAGAAUCAGAGACAAUCGAUUAGCUUUAAUAUGUUUAGACGAGUUAGGAAACUACGGAACAGUGACUUUUGCUGAGAUGUUUGAAGAAGUUCGACGGUACGCCGCCGCAUUUCGUAAACACGGCUUAUCUAUAGGAGACAGGGUAACGUGUAUUAUGACAAACAGAAAAGAAGCCCUCUUUGCAAUGUUAGCUACAACAAGCAUCGGAGCAAUUUGGAGUGGGCCUCUUCCUUUUCAUGGACCUAGAAUAAUUUCAAAUUUAGUGAAAUUUUUGGAUCCAACAAUCAUAUUUGCUUUAGAUCAUUUCCAGGAUGAAGGCAGGCAAAUCGAUCUAUUUGACAAACUUGUAGCUGCUGCUGAAAGCGCCCCGAAUCUCAAGAAAACGGUUGUACUAGCUACUCGACCACAAACCGUGAAACGUUUAUCAGAGAUACAAAAAAGCAUGCUAUUAGAGGAUUUUUUGGAAAGUGGAAAAAACCCAGAUGGCACAGUGCCGGAUCUCAUAUUCGAACAACUGCCUUUUGACCAUCCUAUUGCCAUUAAUUUCACAUCAGGAACAACAGGACUUCCUAAAGGAGUUUUACAUUCUGCAGGAACUUUCAUUGCUGUACUGAGAGAUUUUGGGAUUCAUUUGAAUUUGAAGGAAGGAGACACAGUAUAUACUUAUUGCCCAGUAGGCUGGAGUGUCUGGGAUAACCCUAUUCCAAGUUUGGCCUUGGGAGUCAAAUUGUUCCUCUUCACUGGGAGUGCCGACUAUGACAAGAAAGGUUUCACUUUAUGGGAUUGUCUUUCGAAAUACAACAUAACUUACGCUUGUCUCACACCUGCCUGCUUUGAUUGGCUAGAAAAUUACAAAAUAAUUCCAGAGCCUGGAAUGAAUUUCGACAGUUUAAAAAUAAUUGCACUUGGAGCCAGUCCAUCAAAAAUAAGAAACUUUGAUUUUUUACACAAGCAUGCUAAAAAGGAUCUUUUUGUUAGCAGCAUAUACGGUGCGACAGAAGUAUUUGGAGCCUUCUCGGGAUUUGAUUUGAACCUACCUGGUUAUGCAAGCGAGUGUCAAGUCCCUGCACUAGGAGUGGACUUGCAUGUUUUUGAUGAACAAGGAAAAUCUGUUAUUGGCCAACGAGGAGAAAUGGUUGUGAAAACACCAACCCCGUCUUUUCCUGUUUAUCUUUGGAAAGAUGAAAAUAAUGUCAAGCUGAAUGAAACUUACUUUUCCAAAUAUCCAGGUGUUUGGAGACAAAGUGACGAAGGAUGGAUUAACCCUAAAACGAAAGGGAUCGUGGUGAUAGGUAGAAGUGACGACACUCUUAAACAAGAUGGAGAACGCUUCUGUGCCGGCGACAUUUACUUUGGGAUUGAUAAGCUAGAAGAGCUGGAAGAUUACAUCUGUGUGGGCCAGGACCGGUGGGAUGGAGAAACGAGAGCAGUGCUCUUCGUUAAACUGAAGAAAGGACACACUUUCACACCCGAAUUGAAGGAAAAAAUUAUCGAUAGUAUAUCUAGAGAAGUGACAGUUGAUAUCGUGCCCAAGCUCAUAUUAGAAAUUCAAGAUAUACCGUACAAUCUCAACCACAAACGAAUGGAGAGUACAGUACGAAAAAUACUAGCAACCAAUUCAAUUCCAGAAGUGUCAAACAUCAAGAACCGUGAGAGUCUACAGUAUUAUCUCAACAUUCCAGAAAUACUGAGCUACAAUGAGCAUUGAUGGUUCAGAUAAUUUGGAGC